UUCUGUUGAGCCACUUAUAAUUGUGGAAAUGUCAUCCAGUAAUAACAAUACUCACUGUGGCCUGUCACCUCAAAUUCUGGUGGCCUCCAUCCUGCAUCCUGUGCUCAUCGUCGAGCUCCUGCUGGGCCUGCCAGGGAACCUCAUGGCACUGUGGGUCUUCUGCCGCCACCUUCAGUCCUGGACACCCAAUGUUGUGUUUCUCUUGAACUUGGUCUUGGCUGACUUUCUGCUUCUGGUGAGCUUACCUUUCCGAAUUAUCUACCUUCAGAAAGGGGAAGACUGGGUGUUUGGUGAUGCUUGGUGUCGGAUUAACCUCUUCAUGCUUGCGGUCAAUCGGUCAGCGAGUAUCGGCUUCAUGACUGCUGUGGCUGUGGAUCGAUACUUUAAAGUAGUCCAUCCACACCAUACAGUGAACUUCAUCAGUUCACAGCAGGCUGCAGGGAUUGCAUGCUUCAUCUGGGCUGUGGUGGUCUCACUGCGGUUCCCUCUGCUGCUGACAAACAGUCUCCUAAGCAAGAAAAACAAUGUCUCUAUCUGUCGGAGUUUCAGGUCCUACAAGCAGCCACCAUUGGGCAUUUGGCUCCACUUCAUGGUGUAUAUUGGUGAGUUCUUCCUUCUACUGGUGGUCUUAGUUUUUUGCUCUGUUCGAAUCAUCUGCAGCCUACGCCAUCGACAGAUGAACAAGAAGAAGGUGAAGCGGGCUAUAUGCACUGUCCUGGUAAUUGCUGGGGUUUUCCUCACCUGCUUCUUUCCUAGCAUUGCCACAGGACUAACUGUACUCUAUCUAAAGAAACUGGGGAAUGAAUACUGCCGUGCUUACAGACUAUGUAGUGAACUGUUCGGCCUGUCCAUCGGGUUCACAUAUCUGAACAGUGCCCUGGAUCCUCUCAUCUACUGCUUCUCUAGCUCCAUGUUUAGGAAUGAGGUAAAGAGAGCCAUCAAUUGGUUUGGACUGGUGGAGCUACAGCUCAGUCACCAUGGCACAACAGUGAGCACACGUGAUAGCUGAGGAGGUGAAUUCUCCAGAAAGAAGACUACAGUGCCAUCAGAACUGGCCUCAGAUAUUUGCUUUAAUGU